AUGCCGGCUGAACGCCGGAAAGGACCGAUCUAUCUUCUCUCUUGGCUGCUCCCGUUGCACUUGUCCCAGUCGCGGUUCGGCGACCGGCCGGAACCCUCGAACGCGUGCACCAUCAUCUCGUUGCACAUGAUCGACCUCGUGCACAGAAAUGACGUCCAGCUCCCCUACCAUCGUGCCAACCUCGACUGGGAGCUGCCACCGCCGAAGAAGUCGCCCUUCCCCAGCCCCGAGCUGCACAACGCCCACAAACUAGCGCCCUUCGCUCGUACGUUUCCGCGGCUGAUCCGCCGCGCCAUCGCCAGCUCCGCCCAUUGCCACCUGUCGCGCCUUUACUUUGUGCUGCUGUACGCGCAACGCGCCGUCAUGGUCGUCUACGACCGCAACACGCAGAUGUUGGCCCUGUUCGACUCGCACACCCAUCGCACGUACGACGGUCGCAGACAAAGACAAGUUGGCGGCGCGGUCGGCACUGCGCACAUCGACCAGCUGGCCAGCUUCACGACGUGGAUCGGCCUGAUGAUCUUCCCGGAAAGCAGAAAGGGAUCGCAGGUACGUUCGCUCUGGUUCACUAGCGGGGAAGGGGCGACU